AUGGGCAAACAGCGUAAAGGAGGACUUCCAUAUUUGAAAUCUUCACUCAAAAUUGACUGGGAUUCGGGCCGUGGAGUGUCGAUCGCUGAGCAGAAGACGUUGAUUUCCGAUGUGCUGAGCUAUCUGGAAGAGAACGGAGAUCGAGACGAGCAGCCUGAACCGUCCACUCGAAGUAUCCUGAAUAUCGUGACACCUAAUGCUGGUUAUGGCCUUCAAGCCUGUCUGGAUCUUACCAAGACCGAGGCAUCUCCGAUCGUCUUUCUCGAUUCGGUCUGCCCUCGUCCCAGCGCUGUCUCAAACGCACUUGGUCUCUAUUUCAGCAAUUAUGCUGAUACGGUGAAAGUUUACUGUCUCGAAGGUGUCGAGGAUUUGUUGUGGAAACUUAACGAACGAUUGCAGACUACCCUUACUCCAAUGCGCCUUCAAAAGGGUAGGCAUAGCUCGGCCCUUACUCCUGUUUCCCUUAUAAAAUCCAUGGGAAAGCCUGAAAAAGCUAAGAAGGCGAAUCCGCAGAUUGGCAGAACUAUGGCCGUGACCGAAGAGGAUAAGAAACUAGAAGAGGACCUUAACAUGCUGGAAAAUGAUGCCAGUUUGUAUCAACCAUCGUUGGAAACAAUGCGAACUCUGAUUCGAGCCUCCACCACAUCAAUGACUUCUGUACCGAAGCCUCUAAAAUUCAUGAGACCUCACUAUGCUAAAAUGAAGCAGGUGUUCGAGAAAAUGCAACCAGGCCCGACAAAGAACCUUUGUGCCGACAUUAUAUCUGUAUUAGCGAUGUGUUCAGACGAGAAGAGUGAUUGUAUCAAUUUCCGCAUGAAGGGGAUGCAUGAACCAAUUGGCGACUGGGGACACGAAUACGUUCGUCAUCUUGCCAUGGAAAUGUCAGAGGAGUGGAAACAAGCAUCUGAUGGCUCCGAAAAGAGCAAGGCCAGACGCAACGAACUUCUUGUAUUAGCACGAGACAUUGUCAUGCACAAUAUGAAGCAUAAUGCCGAGGUAGAAGCAUGUGAUUUAUUGAUCGAGAUUGAGCGACUAGAUCUCCUUAUGGAAUACGUGGUGGAUGUCGACCAUCAAAGGGUCUGUCUGUACCUGCUCAGUUGUGCUCCACUGACGCCCGAUCCAGACAACUUCAAUCUCAUCCGAACUGCAAAGGAUAUUUACUUGAAAUAUAAUCGCUACCUCGAAGCUGUGCGUUGCGCCAUCAUGUUGAAUGAUCCUGCUGAGAUCAAAAACAUCUUCACGAAGACGGAUGAUUUCCUACAAAAGCAAGGCAAUUUCCACAAACUCGAACACGCCCAGAGUCUCCUGGAGUUGGGAACAACCUAUGGCGAACAACUGGGAGAACUGAAUUCAAAUGCUCACCUUUACGAGUACUUCCACUCGCUGGCACGCGAAUUGGAUAUUAUGGAACCAAAGACGCCGGAGGGCAUCUACAAAAGCCAUCUAGAGCAUAGCAGACCGUUUGGAAAUACUGCAGCUCCCGAUUCAGCGCGAAUGAAUCUAGCUGCCGCAUUUGUAAACGGAUUUGUCAACUGUGGUUUCGGUGUAGAUAAAAUGAUGGCCGAAAGUGAGGAUGCUAGCAAAUGGUUCUACAAAAACAAGGAAUACGGUAUGUUAUCCGCGGCCGCUUCUCAAGGUCUUGUUUGGCGCUGGGAUAUUGAUUCUGGGCUUGGCCAAUGUGAUAAGUUCCUGUAUGUGAACGACGACUUCAUCAAGGCCGGUACCUUACUUGCGAUAGGAAUAAUUUCGUCUGGUAUCCAAGAUGCUUGCGACCCUGCUUCAGCUCUUCUGAUUGACCAUAUUCAUUCUGAGAGGGCCGUCAUUCGCGUCGGUUCCGUGCUAGGGUUGGGGCUAGCUUAUGCCAAUUCCAAACGUGAAACUGUAAUCAAAAACGAAGAAGGUGGAGUGAUAUUCGAGCUAAAAAAGGUGCUUACGGAUUCAAAGCCAUCAGCAACUAGUGAAGUGAAGGGCCUCACUGGUUUGGCUCUCGGUUUAAUUAUGGUUGGAACAGCAGAUCAUACUGUAGCCAUGGAAAUGCUUCAAACGCUGAUGGAGCGCAAUGAAACCGAGCUUAGCGAUCCGAACAUGCGCUUUUUGGCCCUCGGAAUUGCUUUAAUUUUCUUAGGUACUCAAGAAAAGAGCGAAGUUUCCACUUUGGUUGAUGUGUGCGCUUAUGCGGGAACUGGUAACGUAUUGAAAAUACAGAAAUUGUUACACAUGUGCUCGGAACACUACGAAACAGAAGACAAAAAGAAAAAGAAGGAUGAUAAGUCAAAGAAGGAUGCUGCGAAAACAGAGAAGGACAAAGAUGCAAAGCCUGAUCUAUCAUCUCAACAGGCCGUUGCUGUAAUUGGAAUUGGGCUUAUUGCGAUGGGUGAAGAAGUUGGAUCUCAGAUGGCUCUAAGAAUGUUCGGACAUCUUAUUCGGUACGGUGAGCCAGUAAUACGAAGAGCCGUUCCGUUGGCAUUGGCUCUGAUCUCAGUUUCAAAUCCGCAACUGAAUAUUCUGGAAACUCUUAGAGCAAGUUUUCGCACGACGCUGAUUCCGGACACCGCUCACAACGCUAUUUUUGCGAUGGGAUUGGUUGCCAUGCUUCGGUCGUUGGCCAGCUAUCAUCAUAAAGAUCAGGUGUUGAAUAACCGACAACAUUACUUGCUUUACACACUUGUGCUUGCUAUGCAACCUCGAAUGCUCGUUACGUUAUGUGUAGAUGACAAGAAGCCUGGUCAGCUAAAACAGGUCGGCGUUACGGUACGAGUGGGUCAGGCCGUUGAUGUGGUAGCACAAGCGGGUAAACCCAAAACAAUCACUGGCUUCCAAACGCAUACAACGCCUGUUCUUUUGGCUUAUGGCGAGCGAGCCGAAUUAGCGAAUGAAGAAUACAUAGCAAUGACGCCGUACUUGGAAGGUCUGGUGAUAUUAAAGAAGAACCCUGAGUAUGAUACACCGGUAGCAGCUAAGAAAUAG